AUGCAAGGGGAGGAUAUGACCGAGGACGAGGAGCUACGUUCGCCCGAUGCUGAUUCAGAUUCCGGAUUACUGAAUAUGUCUGUCGCUAGAAAUGGCGGAUUGCGAAGUCAUGGAAAGGUCCAUACAGGGGAGAAAUUAUUUCACUACGAAGUCUGUGGAAAAAAAUUCACCAGGAGAGGUGAUUUGAGAACUCAUGAGAGAACUCAUACUGGAGAAGAACCAUUUCAGUGUAAAAUCUGUUCUACAUCUUUUACCAAAAGUAGCGAUUUGAGAACUCAUGAGAGGACUCAUACUGAAGAAAAACUGUUUCAGUGUAAAGUUUGUUCAACAUCUUUUGCUAAUAGUAGCAAUUUGAGACGUCAUGAGAGGACUCAUACUGGAGAAAAACCGUUUCAGUGUAAACUCUGUUCAAAAUAUUUUGCUAGCAGUAGCGAUUUGAAACGUCAUAAGAGGACUCAUACUGGAGAAAAACCAUUUCAGUGUAAAGUUUGUUCAACAUCUUUUGCUAAUAGUAGCAAUUUAAGACGUCAUGAGAGAACUCACACUGGAGAAAAACAGUUUCAAUGUAAAGUCUGUUCAAAAUAUUUUGCUACAAGUAGCGAGUUGAAAACUCAUGAGAGGACUCAUACUGGAGAAAAACCAUUUCAGUGUAAUGUCUGUUCUAAAUCUUUUGCUGGAAGAAGCAAUUUCAGACGUCAUGAGAGGACUCAUACUGGAGAGAAACCAUUUCAGUGUAAAUUGUGUUCAACAUCUUUCACCGUAAGUAGCAAUUUGAGAAUCCAUGAGAGGACUCACACUGGAGAAAAACCGUUUCAUUGUAAAGUCUGUUCAAAAUAUUUUGCUAGAAGUGGCGAUUUGAGAACUCAUGAGAGGAUUCAUACUGGAGAAAAACCAUUUCAGUGUAAAAUCUGUUUUACAUCUUUUGCUGGAAGUGGCAAUUUCAGACGUCAUGAGAGGACUCAUACUGGGGGGAAACCAUUUCAAUGUAAAGUCUGUUCGAAAUAUUUUACUAGAAGUGGCGAUUUGAGAAUUCAUGAGAGGACUCAUACUGGAGAAAAACCAUUUCAGUGUAAAGUCUGUUUUACAUCUUUCACUACAAGUAGCGAUUUGAAAAUCCAUGAGAGGACUCAUACUGGAGAAAAACCGUUUCAAUGUAAAGUCUGUUCAAAAUAUUUUGCUAGAAGUAGCGAGUUGAAAAUUCAUAAGAGGACUCAUACUGGAGAAAAACCAUUUCAGUGUAGAGUUUGUUUAACAUCUUUCGCUACAAGUAACAUUUUGAGAAUCCAUGAGAGGACACACACUGGAGAAAAACCAUUUCAGUGUGAACAUCUUUCACUACAAGUAGCAAUUUGA